CAACUUUGACAGUGGAGGACAGGCAUAUUCUGUGGCGACAUCCACUCCAACUCUCCAGCAUAAAGCAAAGCAGACAGACUGGAGAUAAAAAAGUUAGUCCCAAGUUUUUUACCUCCACAAACUCUUUCUCUCACAGUGCCGGGAAAAUUGUAGAUCAAAGAUCCAUCGAUCUAUGGGAGUUGCACCUGAUACCAUUCUUCUCUUACUACUUCUUACUUCCCUUCAAAGCGAAACCAAGAAAGUUUCCAGUUAUACACUGGUUGAAUUGGUAGCAUAGUGGCGAAGAGAAAGGAAGGUAUUCUCUAUGCCUUUGCAUGUGGAAAGGGUUUCAUCUGACAGCACAGCCCAUUGCCUUAAGAUAGUGCUGAAAGUCUGCGUUGUCUUCAAUAGAAAUUUGCAAUGGAGAAGUUGGCUAUGGGCUUGAGUAAAGGAAAUUAAUAUAAAAUGUUGCAGUAGUCCAAACUAUGAAGUUGUUUUAAAUGCAAGCCUCAAGCUAGUGUAAUGGGUAUGGAAAAUUUAUCACAACCAAUCAGUGGUGGAAUCAGGAAUAAUGGUCACUCACCUGGGAAGAGUGAAGAUUCAGGGACUGACUCACGUUGCAGUCUAGAUGCAGGUAUGCCGACAUGCCGUGUGUGCCAAUGUGCUGAAUCUGAAAAAAGGGGAGAUGUUGCUUUGGGAUUUUUGGGCAUUGUUCCUCCAUUGCAAGAAGCACGUAAAAGUAAUGGAGCAGUAAAACCUGAAAGCAGAGAAGUCCCCUUGGACGCUGAAGCUGGUCAGUUUCAUAGCAAAAAUACUGGAAGAGAAUCAGGGCUGGUUGAGUUCAUCAGUCCUGGAGGGGAGGUUUUCAUUUGUAAUACAGAUACAGAUUUAGAAGUGGGUUUAUGUCACCAGCAAGACUUGUUAAUUGAACUUGGCUGCUCAUGCAAAAAUGAUCUUGCCUUAGUACACUAUGCAUGUGCACUCAAGUGGUUCGUCAAUCAUGGAUCCACUGUUUGUGAAAUCUGUGGACAUGUUGCAAUUAAUAUCAGAACUUUGGACUUUAAAAAGGUUAUGGUUGCUUUGAAGGAUUACGAAGCAUUGAGGGAAAGGACUGCCAUUGGAGAUCCUAAUCCUGCUCAGGUGCAUACUAGUGCAGGUGUAGAUCCUGAUGCUGUUGCUGCUGUUAGAAGGCAACGGCUAAGUGAAAUUUCAUUGUGGUUUAGUCCACACAAUAAUCACAACAAUAAUUAUAAUAAUAAUAAUUCUACUGCAGUUUCACAGGUUGUUUCUGAACAACCUCUGAAUACUGUCAUGGAAGAUGUCCCUGCUGAGAAUCCUGCAACUAAAUGGGCUGUGGAAGCUACUGGUAUUUUACUUGCUACAGGGCUUCUCACUGUUACUCUAGCAUGGCUUAUUGCUCCCCGUGUUGGAAAGAAAACUGCCAAAAGUGGUCUUCAUAUUCUCCUUGGAGGUGUUUGUGCUCUAACAGUGGUGGUCUUCUUUCGCUUUAUUGUGCUGACCAGAAUCAAAUAUGGACCUGCUCGCUACUGGGCUAUCUUAUUUGUCUUCUGGUUUCUUGUGUUUGGCAUAUGGGCAUCACGGACACAUGAUGCUCAUACUACAUAGUUUCUUGGAGAUCAUAAAUGCAUGGAAACUUAUCUUUCAGGUUGUGUUUUGGUCACCAAAUGGAAAAAUUUGAGUAGCAGCGGCUUUUAAGAACUUCAUUAUGAUGCCAUUCAUGACCUUGUAGAUCAUGUAUUCUGUAAUUCAUGUGAAUAGACAAGACCAAUACUUGGCAUAGAAUGUUGUUAGCAUGAGCUGCCAUAUAAGAGAAACAUGAUUUUUAUA